AUGGUCCGACCCAACUCCCCUGACGCUAUCCACAUUCCGCCCGUUGUGAAACCGCUCGCUCCUUACAUCAAGUCACGCCAGGAAACCCUCCAUAUUCGCCAGGUGCUGACGUCUUACCUGCGCUCAUUUAUCGAAUUCGACGAUCAGUCAAGCGAUCUCUCUCAAUCCCACCUCUCCCUGUGUGCGUCGACUGAUGCUGUUACCGGUGUCAAACGUAUCCCUCCCGAUCUCCCUGGGUUGAGAAAGGAUUAUCUAAAGGCAUUGGAGGCCAAUGUUGCGGCCCGCAAAGAGUUUGCCUUGGCUUCUGAGAAUAUCGCAUCAUUAAGGCGCCAGAGGACGGUCCCGAACCGCUCUUCUGAUGAUGAUCUGCAAGAGCCCGGCACCGAACUUCGUGAAUACCUUGCCCUCCUACGCGAUCGACGCCGCUAUACCAAGUUGCAGGUGUUUCAGAAUUACCUUGAGGAAAUUAAAACACGCGAUGCGGGCAGCUUGGAUGAUGUUGACAAUGACGGAGAGCAAAUGCUGUUGCCGGAGGUAGAUGCGGAGGCUGGGCGCAAUGGCACUGAAACAGACUUGGAUGAACUAGUGCAUAGGCUUGAGAGAGCAGUUGUCAGUGCGAGAACUCAAUUGGACCGCCAAAAGCAAUUGUUCGAUGAAGCCAAGGCACAGCAUGAUCCCCAAGUUGAAACUUCAGGUGCCAAAGCACAAGCAUUGCAAAAGACCCGGGAUGAGCUAGUACAAUGGGUGGAGGAACGGCUGGUUGGUCAAGGGGAUCCAGAUGAGAGUGUACUCCAAGAACUUCCCCCGGAGGAAAUCGAGGAUGUCCAGCGGGGGCUAGAGAAUCGCAAGAUGCAGAUUAUGGAGCAAUAUGCCGCAUAUCUGCGAGCCCGGCGAGAUCUCCUCGAUGCUGCCUCCAGAGCUUGCCAGCCAGUUAAUGUGGCCCCAAAACCUCCGUCACGAUCAACCAACAAGAAUGAACUCGUGACAGCAGAAAUCCCACCACCCAACCCGAUCGACGUUCUAUCAUACACAAACGAAAACCUGGUCCCGCUACUUAAGAGUCAAAAGUCGCUGGCUCUCCAGAAAACCUAUUUAUCCGGUUUACUCUCGAAAGAAAAGUCUACGACUCUCCGCGCCCUCAAUCGUCUAAGCGACGAAUCCCACCUACUUCCCGAAUACCCCACUCCCGUCCGUCGGCCACGCUUUAAGCAUGCGGCUACUCUCGACUUGCGAAACCAGACUCAGGCCUCCGAUCAGACCCCGGAUGAGGUUGUUGGUCUUGCCGAAGCAUGGGCAUUUGCUUCUAAUGCUGCAGCUGCCAACGAACAAGACUUUGUUCAGCGAAAGAUCGCAUUGGGUACUGAGGUUGCACAGGACGCCCGACAGACCUUAACUAGUGUAUGUAAGACCCUCAAUCAGGACCUCGGUGAGGUAAUGUUGGAGGGUCAGGAGAAUCGCUCCUCAAAGGGGAUGUCGAGGGGUGGGUCUCGGAUUGAGAAGCAACCGAGUGGUCCUUGGUCAAGUCUAAAUGGGAAAGUGGGGGUUGUAGAAUAA